AUGUCCCUGCGUAAGUCCCUCCGUCGCAGCCUACGUUCCAGCCACAAGGUGAAGUCCUCCGACGAGGCCCAGGUGAAGGGGGACGCCGCUCCCCCCACCAAGGCCUCCACCAAUGAGCGCACGAGGAGGAGCGACGCCUACCUGACCGUGGAUGACGUGGCCGUUCCCUCCGGCGGGGUCACCCUGGAGGCGGCCAAUAGCAGCUUCGAGAGCCAUGAUGACGUGGUGGCCGCUGGGGCCUAUCAGAGCUCCGGCAGCGAGGAGGACCUGCCGGAGGAGCGGCAGGACGAGGCGGCCUGCCCGGACAGCGCGCUCUAUGAGUUCAUUUUUCGUGCCUGUGCCCUCAUGGCGCUUGAGAACGAUGAGUUUAAGCAGCUGAUUGAGCAGCAGCAGCAGCAGCCGCCCCCUCCCCCGCCCCCACCCCCGCCCCACCCCUCUCACCAACAGCGGCCUUCACUGGAGGAUAAGAGGGACGAUGAGGAGGAGGAUGACGAUGACGAUGAGGAGGAAGGGGCGGUGCUGGGAGCAGAAGGAGGAAGGAAAAAAGAAGAAAAAGCGGCGCGGGCUGCAGGACUCUCCGUGGCCCUCCCCCGCUGCUAUUGA